CAGGGCUCCCUGCUGAAAAUCCUACUGGAUCUCCUAGUGACCUGCUGUUCUUUCCUGCUUUCCUGUUUAAAAAAAAGUAUUAUUUAGAUUAAAAGCAAAGCUCGCUCUCUGUCAUAGUUUUUCUCCCUCUUUUUUAAAUUUUGUAUUCCAACAGACAACUCAACCCUUCAGUUUAAGGUUCUGUUCUCUCCUAUGAGAAGAAGAGGGACUGGAGGUACUGUAGAUUGUAGGUGAAUUUGAAUGGAGGAGUGUAGUGUUUGUAUCUUGUUGGAGGGGUUGGUGAAGGGACAGGAAAGGGGGUGUACUUGGGUGUAACGCUCAAGCUUCACUGCCAUGUCAGUGCCUGUGGACUCCAACUGAUUACAGAGCGAGAGAGGCGGAGAGAGGAAAAGAGAAACGAGUGAGACUUUGGUUACACCGAGGAAACGAGAAGAAGGAAAAGGAGCCAAAGUGUUAGUGUGGGGAUUUGUUUUACCGUGAGAGCUGUUUAACGGAUGCACUGACAGAGCUCUCCCAGCUGUGUCGACAGGCUCCGUGUCGGACAGGGACAGACAGAGCAGAGCUGAACGGAAAGAAGAGAAGAGAGCAGGAGUGGGCAGGAGGGAGGACUGCUCUCUCCAACCUUGCCUGAGACCAGACCAAAGCAGGCAGAAAGAUCUGGACUGGGCUGUGUUCCUGGUGGGGGGCAGAGGAGUGGAGGGUCAGGGGACAGGCUCUGACCUGAUAAUCAAACAGACUGAACAUCUCUCCUGGGACCAUGUACCCUCAGGGCAGGCAUCCGGUCCCUAUUCAGCCUGGUCAGUCUUUCAAGUUCACAGUCCUGGAGACCCUGGACCGCAUCAAGGAAGAGUUCCAGUUCCUCCAGGCUCAAUACCACAGCCUGAAACUGGAGUGUGAGAAGCUGGCCAGUGAGAAGACAGAGAUGCAGAGACACUACAUCAUGUACUAUGAGAUGUCCUAUGGUCUGAACAUAGAGAUGCACAAGCAGGCGGAGAUUGUGAAGCGUCUCAGUGCCAUCUGUGCUCAGAUCAUCCCCUUCCUAUCUCAGGAGCAUCAACAGCAGGUGGUCCAGGCAGUGGAGAGGGCCAAACAGGUCACUAUGGCUGAACUCAACGCCAUCAUUGGGCAGCAGCAGCUCCAGCACCUGUCUCACCACACCCCAGGUAUUCCCCUGACUCCCCACCCAUCAGGCCUCUCUCUGGGGGGAGGUUCAGGUCUGCUUGCCCUUACUGGAGCCAUGGGGGUCUCAGCCCACCUGGCCUCCAAGGAUGAACGCAACCACCUGGACCCUGAGCACCUAAGAGAGGCUGCGCCCAGCAGGAGUAAGUCUGUGUCGUCGACAGACAGCCAGCAAGUGGAGGAGCGCCAGGGCCCGUCGGGGGGGUACUCCUCCUCCCAGGGAGGGGGAGACGCUAAGAGGAGGCGCUGUGAUGACAAGGAGCCCCCCCCACCUCACUACGACAGUGAUGGGGACAAGAGUGAGGAUAACCUGGUGGUUGAUGUCUCUAAUGAAGAACCCACGUCUCCCGCGGGCAGCCCCCCUCACUCCCCCCACGGGAACGGUCUGGACCGGGCCCCCACCCUGAGGAAGGAGUUACCAGGGUCCCCCAGGAGCCCCGGAGAGGUCCCGUCCUCCCCCCUACCAUGCAGCCCCACACCGGGCAAGGCCAAGGACCCAGCACAGGUGGAGAAGUCUGGAUCUUCGUUGUCUAAGUCAAGCACCCCGUCCCCGUCUCACCAUGAGGCUCUUACCCCCGGCCCCAGUACGUCCUGCCUCCGCCUGGUCAGCAGGGCUGCCUCCUCCGCUGACCCCCUGGCUCUCCGCAGUCCUCUGUUUGUGCCCCCCAGUUUGUACCCGGCUCAAUUUGGGGGGGUGUCCCACGCAGGCGUCAAUGGGGAGCUAGCCAGUCCCGGGGGCUUCUCGCCCCAGAUCAGCGCUGCCACCAGCGCCUACACCCGCAGCCCCUUGGCUCUCCAGGUGGCAUAUGAGUCUCGGUCCCACCUCAGGGCCCCAGGGCUGUCCUCCUCACUGCCUGGUGGAUCCUCUGGGGGGAAACCUGCCUACUCUUUCCAUGUAAGUGCGGAUGGACAGAUGCAGCCGGUGCCUUUCCCUCCAGACGCCCUGCUGGGCCCGGGCAUCCCGCGGCACGCCCGGCAGAUCCACACUCUGAACCAUGGAGAGGUGGUGUGUGCUGUUACCAUCAGCACCUCCACACGCCACGUCUACACCGGCGGCAAGGGGUGUGUCAAGGUGUGGGACAUCAGCCAGCCUGGCAGCAAGAGUGCCAUGGCCCAGCUCGACUGUCUGAACAGGGAUAACUACAUCCGCUCAUGUAAGAUUCUCCCUGAUGGGCGGACACUCAUCGUUGGAGGCGAGGCUAGCACACUGUCAAUCUGGGACUUGGCCACACCCACUCCCCGCAUCAAGGCGGAGUUGACAUCUUCUGCCCCGGCCUGCUACGCUCUGGCCAUUUCCCCCGACAACAAGGUCUGCUUCUCCUGCUGCAGCGACGGAAACAUUGUAGUCUGGGACCUGCACAACCAGACCCUGGUUAGGCAGUUCCAGGGCCACACUGACGGGGCCAGCUGUAUUGACAUCUCCAACGAUGGGACCAAACUGUGGACGGGGGGGCUGGACAACACAGUACGUUGCUGGGACCUGAGAGAGGGACGACAGCUGCAGCAGCACGACUUCACCUCACAGAUCUUUUCUUUGGGCUACUGUCCUACAGGAGAGUGGCUGGCAGUGGGCAUGGAGAGCAGUAAUGUAGAAGUGCUGCAUGUCUCCAAACCAGACAAGUACCAGCUGCACCUCCAUGAGAGCUGUGUGCUCUCCCUCAAGUUUGCCUCCUGUGGCAAGUGGUUUGUGAGCACAGGGAAGGACAAUCUGCUGAAUGCAUGGAGGACGCCAUAUGGAGCCAGUAUUUUCCAGUCCAAGGAGUCCUCGUCUGUCCUGAGUUGUGACGUGUCACCGGAUGAUAAGUACAUAGUGACUGGUUCUGGAGACAAGAAGGCCACCGUGUAUGAGGUGGUCUACUGAGAACAGGAAAUAAGUGUGUGUGUGUGGGGGGGGGG